AUGGUCAUUUGCAAAGCCCCGGUCUGGGGCCUGGGGCGAGCUUCGACGAAGCUCCCCAGGCUCGAUAGCACGAGCACCGUCGCCGCAAAGACGUCUGCUGCGCGAUUGCACACGACGGCAUGUCUCGGCGCCCUGAACAUGCGCCGGGCAUCGAGCUCCGCCAAAGAACGGCAGCGUGCGGAACGCGAUCAAUUGACGCGCCUCCUCAAGGAGUCGGACGCCAAGCGCGACGCUCGAAACUACAUCAAGCACUUCGACGUCGCCAAGAAGACGCCUGCAGACGUUGCUCCCAGGGCCAAGUUGGCUGUCGACCCGGCCACGGCCCUCACCGGCGUGAACCUCGGCAACCUGUAUGGGCCCUCUGUCUUCACGCGCGAACAGCUGCCCGAGGAGAGCUUCGCGGAGCGCUUCAAGGAGAGCGCAGAGGAGCCGCUGCAUCUGGCCCUGGUGAAGCUGCGACAGCCGCAAGCGCUCGACGAUGCUACCCUGGGCGCUCUUGCCUCUACCCUGAGCCAACUGGCGCAGCUGGGCCUCAGCACUGCCGUCGUGCUGGACUGCGACGACGAUGCCUCGUGCGACACCGCCCACGCACGACCACCCCUCGAGACGACCAUCCGAGCCCAGGCGACACGCGUCGUGGCCGCCUUGCAGAAGCACCACGAGCCGGGCGCCCUCCUGGUCGAGCAUGCGCUCACCUACGCCAGCUUGGCCGGACACAGGCUGAGCACCGCACAUGUGCGCGGCGAUGUCGAGGUCCAGGACAACUACCUCCUCUUCCCUCUCAUCGACGACGGCGUCAUUCCCGUCAUACCGCCUUUUGCCUACGAUACGGACCUGAAGAGGGUCACGGUCCUGGCCGACGACGUCGUUCUGGCGCUGGUCCGCGAGUUUGCUGGCUUGGCAGGAGGCACCAGCAGCAUAGAGAGCAACACGCACAGCCACAAGGACGUCUACGAACGGCCCAUCUUGGACCGCAUCAUCAUCUUGGAUCCUCUGGGCGGCAUUCCCUCCCAGAACAGGGUAGACGGCGCUCAUGUCUUCGUCAAUCUCGAAGCAGAGUAUCGCGACAUCAAGGAAGAGCUAGCCAACAUGUCCCUGGAUGCAAAAGCCAUCAGCAGCGACAAGGCGUCAACAUCGCUCGGCACUGGUAACCCUUUCUCUCGGUUCGUUGAGGACGGGAUAGCUCCUCUGCCAAGUCCUUCUACAGACCACAUAGGCGACGUCUUACCUUCUGACCGACAUACAAAGAACCUCGUCGUGGUCGAGCGAGCCUUGAAGCUACUUCCACCAUCAUCGUCAGGCCUCAUCGUCACCCCUUCAGAGGCUGCUACCGAAGCUCUCCCCGAUCCAGACGAGUCCGGUCGUAGACCAAAGCCAUCCCCCAAUCCGCUGCUCCACAACGUCCUGACGGACAAGCCCAUGGUAUCAUCCUCCCUCCCAACAUCCCCGGCCAGCCGGCUUCACGAUCUAAGCGCUCCCAACCCAUCAACCUUCCUCAAGAAAGGCAUCCCUCUGACCAUGAUUCCCGACCCCCGUGUUUGCGGACCGUGGCAGCCACCCUCCACAGGCUACCCCAGCAUCGACCUGGCCAACGACCCACGCAUCAACCUCCCCAAACUCAUCGAUCUGAUAAAUGACUCAUUCCGCCGCAAGCUCGAUCCAAAAGACUACCUAGCCCGCAUCCACGGCCGCGUCGCGGGCAUAAUCAUUGCAGGCGACUAUGAAGGGGGCGCGAUAUGUACAUGGGAAACGCCUUCGACGCUGCAGUCUCGCACCCCUGGCCCCUCUGCUGAAUUCGGUCCUACAGCAACGGAUACAGACUCGCCCUAUUGGGUCCCCUAUCUCGACAAAUUCGCCGUUUUGACGAGCUCGCAGGGCUCAGGCGGCGUGAGCGACAUCGUCUGGGCCGCACUGGUGCGGACUUGUUUCCCACGAGGUGUCGUGUGGAGGAGCCGCACUAGCAAUCCCGUGAACAAGUGGUAUCAGGAGAGGAGCACAGGUAUGUGGAAUCUCCCUGGCGAACAGUGGACUAUGUUCUGGACUGUCGAGGGCGUGACAGAUGGGUGGGGUGGAGCGGAAGACAAGGCCAAGGAGACGGAAAUGAAGAGGUGGGAUGCAUAUACCGACGUUUGCUCGGGAAUUGAACCAAGUUGGAUGGAUGGUAAGAAACAACUCGAUUAG